AUGGCAACUAGGCUCCGCCGGCCGGAUGGACCACCGACUCGGCAUCUCCGAGACGAUACUCCAUCUACAACACCACAGGAGGCCACAAGGUAAGUGAGUCUUCAGGUAAGCUGGAUUGAUCUGUUAGAUUGCCAUGUCUGCUUGCUUGUGUUUGUCCUUAUUGAAAGCUAAAUGCCGUUCUGUUGAAUUUAUCUGCACAUCGUUUAUAUUUCAGCAACCAGGUAACUCAGAGCGGGACGGGAAAUCUGUGCGUUCCGUCUCUCUACCCAUCCGUUAUCCCCCUUUCAAGUCCUACGGCGUUGUCGUAGGCAGGUCCAGGCUAACUCGGGUCAUUUUCUCACUAAACAAAAGUCGUGAUCCAUAGUGGAGUUCAGUAGCCGUCUGGGACAACUGAACAGCCCUAUUUAGGGAGAGCACUGCUGACCCCUCAAGGGGGAAGGGGCUAGAAAAGGUGCCCUUUAGAAAUUCUGGAGACCCACGUCGUUUGCAGGCUGACUGUGGCCUCAGAUGCAAAUCUCACGGUCGAAAUAACCUCCUACUCCCCGCCGCCCCAUUCGCCAGACUGGUUGGGUGAGUCCGCCAACUCUGGGAGCCUAGAAUGUUCUUUCCUUUUUAGACAAUCCGAUGAGCAACCGACCGGAACGGAGGACAGCGCUAGUGGCUCGGGAACUGGCGCGCAACAACGUAGACAUCGCUGAACUCGGAGAGACCCGGUUCUCCGAACAAGGCCAACUGGAGGAAGUGGGUGCUGGCUACACCUUCUUAUGGGGCGGUUGUCCCAGGGCAGAGCGACGGCACGUGGGCGUCGCCUUUGCCAUCCAGAAUGCUAUCUUUGUUGCUGUUGGACAAAAAUCGGGUUAUUUGUUGUGUGAACCAGAGGGUGUGGAUUGGAACGCAGAGGUGCGAGCUCGACCGUGCCAUCCACCUGCGUCCUCCCCCAUCUCCGGUCUUCUUGACUCUGUCUGGACACCGGGUCCAGGUGGGAGAGGAGGGGAGAAUGUAGUAGGUGCAGCACAAGUCUACUCUCACCAUAAAUCAUGCGCAAGUCACCGUCCCUGCUCUCAGCUUGCUGUAGAGCAUACGGUGGACACCGUCGGAUGCGACGGUCGAAAUAUCGUGAGUCUGUGGCAUGCACGGACGUGCUGUUCAGCUUUGUAAUUUUCGAGUCCGAUCCGGCCUCUCUCUUGACACCAAGCUCAAGUGAAUGAGGGAGGAGAGAGCGCGGUGGAUUCUGCGCAAGCCUGCUGUCUUCAUAAAUUAAUUCACGCGCAAGUAGCGGUCUUGCAUCCCCCAUACUUCCAGGCACACGGCGGACAUCGUCGCAUGGGACGGUUAAACAGUCACUCAAGGCUAUUGCACUAUAAGCUCUCUUGACCCAUACGACUAGUCAAAUUCUCAUCAGUUUCUUAGGAUGAAGCAGAUAACUCGUUUCAGGGCCUCAUGACUCGUGACUGUAUAAUCAUUUAAAUAGUUUAUGCUAUGUUAGUAGGCUUUAUUAGAUUUCCUGUGCCUUGGAGAUUGAGCAUAUGCCUGACUUUGAAAAACAAAUAUUAUUCCAUAUCCCUUACCCUCCCAGCCACUUUGUUGGGUACAAUUAGGACUGCAUGUAACUGCUUCAGUAGAGGCUGUCGGGGGCUAGUCAGCUUACCCUGGGCAUCAUAAUUAUAAAAAGGGCGAAAAAGCGAACACAGAAUAGCAUAGAUUAAAUGACAUAUUUCGGCACUACAUGAUCGAUAGUUAGCUCGGCCACCUUUAGUUUCUUAUCAGUGAACAGUACCGAGCAUGGCGACCGCGCGGGUAUGCCGUUUUCGAGGCGCGGUCGAGCAAACAUUCAAAGAGUUUACUCGGCAAAGUGAUUAAUAAAGAUUGGUUUUGAGCGCUGACAGCAUAUUUUAUUCAUGGUUGACGCAUCCAAACUGACGAAAAUAGUAACUUGUAGGUUACAGUUAACAAGAUUUACUAAUUAGAUUCACCGCUAGAUAUUUUGCGCAGACAAACUUUAGAUUCAGCCUGCGGACGGAAGACUGAACUAUAACCACAUAACCCAUGGUGUUCAUAUUUGACUGCCUAGAUUACCACCCUGUAUAUAAUUGACAGCGUAUGCAUAUGGCAACCGAAUUGUCAAUGUCCGUAUAAACGGAUACCUUCAGUUAGCAAUCACGAAAAUGGAGAAGUUGAGAAAACUCCCUGACCAUUUACCUAAAUAAGGGAAGUGAAUGACAACAGAAAUUCAAAAAGGAAGAAAACGCAGGUGAACACCGCCUUCUCGUCUCUACUAGCUGAUGCGAGGGAAGACGGUGAGUCUAUGGAGCUCAGCAUAACAGAAAACCAGUCUCUUGUACGAGAAAGAGAAACCGGGAGAUGCGUCAGAGAACAAAAUUGCCGCAGAGCGCCCGAAAAGGCAAAGUAGGUCAAAGUAUUAGCAUAAGGGAGCGAGGCUAUGCACAGUACAGGCAAAACCCCCGCUACCUAAGAUCGCAAAAGAACAAGAAGCCUCAGUAAGCGGAGAGCCAUGCGUAAUCGUGCCAAAACACAACACACCACUCGAAAACCAGAAUACAACAAACGGGAUAUCCGCAAUGUAGUCUCUGCAUAUUAGAAUAAACCGCAGAGCCCUCGGGUAAAUCACAGUAAAUUUAUUAUCAUGAAAAAAAACAUGAUUUAGUCUGCUUCCGGACACCUCCAAAAUACAAAAACAACCGUGUUAUGGAAAUCUUUGAGCAAUAUCUCAAAGAGCUCUUAAAUGGAGACGAGAAAAUCACCGAAAUAAAGGCCAUCGGGAUGGGUCAAACAAGACUCAAAGGAUGAGUCGGGCCAACCAAGGCAGCUAUUACUUGUCCUCCAAAAUGAGGAACAAGUGCAGCUACUGCUGUGCAGCAAAACCGCAUUUUGAAACGCCCACCCAGUAGUUUAUUUCGACGGGAAUUUUUGCCCACGGAGACGGAAAAAUGGCAAGUUAAAAGCGGAACUCCUCAGAAGAUCCAAGCCUGGGCGGGGGGGGGGGAAUCUCAAACUACUGAACAGAGAAAUUAUACUUAUCCAGUAGUCAACUUUUCUGGAGAAAGACUGUUGCCCUAGCAGCUUGAGAAUGAUGUACAGCAGUCUGUCUCGAUGCGCACUGUCACGCUUUUGCAUUCAACCCCACAAAGUGGGCAGACGCUUGUAUAACGGAGCUGCUCAGGCCAAAGGGAGAUUCUGAUGAGGAGUGGUCCAUCAACCGCAAUGAUAAAACAGUAACCAAAGGCACCUGCCAUGCGGGAAUGGUGGUAACAGGAAUUUUAUGGGCGGGGCCUUUGGACACGUUUGUAAGAAGCAAAGAAUGUGUCGACUGUUACAAUAGAUGUAGGCUAACUAACACCGAUUGUGAAUAUGAACUGGGAAAUAGCGCGGGGAGUAUUAAAAGGGGUUUAGCGGAAGAGCUGCGCAAACCGCCGGGAUUAACUGAAGUGGUAGGGAAAUCCAGUUUAAAAUUAGGGAUCCACUAGCAAUUGUGAAGGCAGUGUCAAGGUCGAUCUGCAAGUUUUGCGAAAAACAGUGAGACCUGACGGAGAUAAUUACGAAAGAGUGGAUGAGGAGAUUGUUGUGGGAAGUGACAGCCAGAUGCAAAACAAAUCAAUAAUUUUUUAUUACAGUGAGAGGUCAUUUACUGAGAACCAUACUCUUAGAGCUUCCAAAUAAAAUGGGGUUAUGAUAAAUAAAAACGUAACACCGAAUGCUCCAUAGAUUUUAAGUAAGUUGGAUUUAAAGACGCCUUAUUAUCCCAGUUGCAAAGCGCAGCCAAGUAAGCCCCGUAGAAGAAUCGGACCAUAAAUGGACAAGUCAGUAGGCUUUACUACGAUACAAGGGGCAAUGACCUCACCUCAACUUGUACACUACGUCCAAACAAAGAAAUUGUUACCGUUGAAGGAACAAUGCCGAUGCGGGCGUUCGACGAAACAACAAAUAUUACGCCAGCAUACCGACGACCAUGUGCUUACGUGCGGCCGGUAUAGAACCAAAAAGCCCUCAGAAUUGGUUCAUUUGAUGACAAAGGCAAUCUGACAUCAUUUAAGAUAAUGAGAACCUAUCACGCUUUCCCUAGGGGACGGACGUCAGCAGUUGUGCGGCCUACGUUGGUGUAAAUCACACCACAGCAGUUGAAAGGUACCGCGUCUGACGCGAUAUCUGCUCAAAAGCCCACCCGAAGGAGGUUAAGCUAAUAGGGACGGACGUGGAAGUGCAAGUUGACGAGACAAUGAUUAGUCGGCCUAAGAACAAUGUUGAAUGAAGAAAGAAGCAGCAUUGGAUCAUGGGCAUGUUUGAUACAGCACACGAGGAAGGGCCACUUCGAAAAAAUGGAUGCUUGCGUUGCCCCAGGCAACAUCAUAGUCUCGUAUAAACGGAAGACGUACUCGCACCUAUGGGAAAAAAGCCGGCACCAUGCGUAAAUCAUUCCGCUAAUUUUGUGGACCCAAUGACAGGGAAGCACGUUUACAGGGGUAGAUGAAAGCGGAAACUCCACGGAACUGGCAGAUUUCGGGAAGAGCACUUUGGGCUAAUUGUAGAUGAAGUCCAAUACCGUCUGUGAUUCGGAUUGAAAGCGGACAGUUUGCCGGAAAUCUGGGAAACCUCACUGGAACACGUGGCUGACGUCCAUCCGGUACAUAAUGAAACCAGUACCCAGGCCCCUCAUCUCUAAUGAUUACGAAGUAAGCAGUGAUAAACCACUGACGGCUAUGCCAUAGGUAAACGUCCCGAUCAACCGACAAAGUAUGCAAAGGGCCAGCCGCUCAGGUUCCUGAAGUGAACCCGUUUACAGAUCUGUACUUUAUAAACUUUUCUGCAACUUUUAUGCUAAUAAUGCUGGUAUCUGCAACCGCAUUGACACUCAUCUAAAUGGAUGUUAGUACGGAGGUGACGGGACAAGGAAAGUUGCGGUAGAUGAACCUCAGAAGGGGUAACGCAUAAUAAAAAAAAUACCAAUUUCAAGUCAUUAAACGGCCUGAAAGGUAAACUGCACGAAAAGGUAGGGCUUGCAACGUCCACCUGCAAGCUGGAUGGGCAACAGGCAAACAACCAUUACACACAAACACGACAGUUCGACCAUCGGUUUCGAUGAUGUCCACCGUAUUCCCCACAGACUGCAUUGUGGAGCAGGGACGGUGACUUACGCAGGGGUUUAUAGUGCCAGUAGACUUGCGUAGCAUCUAGCUACACUCUCUCCUCCUCCCCGCCUGAGCCCGGCGUCAAGACCAAGUCAAGAAGACCGGAGACGGGGGAGGCCACAGGUGGAUGGCUCGGACGGAUCCUCGCCUUGGCGCUCCACUCCGCACCCCCUGGUUCACACACAAAUGGCCAGGAUUUUGACCACAAAACAAUGGGGUGAUGGCAGUGGUCCAGUUUUGCGGCGAUUGCCGACAGCAGACUCUGCCAGCGCACCCCGCAAAUGUUAUUGCGCACAGAUAACGCCUGCCAGAGUCCGAUGUGGCCCACGUGUUGGUCCAGCGCAUCUAACCCGUGGUCCGUUUGGAGGACACACACACACACACACACACACACACGCACCCAGCACUGUACACUCGGAGAUACCGCCUGCCAGCGUGUUUCUUCGAAAACCUUCACGAUGGUUACUUCCGGUAGUGGAGAAGACGACUGUCACUGGAGGCCGUUAAGUGCCAAACGGAUGUAAAGGCACAACGGGACGAGUGAUUUCCACAGCGCGAUCGGUGAGCGCCCCCUCCACCAAACGUUAAAGUGUAAGAUUAGAUGACAGUGGAAGCUCGGACUAUCGGAGCCAAAGUAUAUAGUUGCAGCUUAACUUGGCAAUCUGGUUAAUGUUCUUAAGCAAGCCAUCUCCAAUACAGUGUAAUCGCGGCGUGGAAGGUAAGGUGGCCCAAAGGGGAACGAGGCUCACGCAUGAUAGAGGACCGGCGGAUGGAGUUAGCAUAAGUUGAAAUAGCGACUUUGUUUGGCGUAUGACGGCAACGACGAGAACGACGAUCAGAUACCAAGGACGUACGAAACCAGGGAUCAAUGGGCGAAAUGCAAGUACAAAUUAAACGUCGGAAGUACGGAGGUAUCUUCCCGACGUCCUGUGGAAAGAUUAAGUCCGACAUUGGAAUUAACUACAGUCAACAGAAGUCCAACAGUACCAAAACGACGAUCAGUUUGGCUGCAAGAUAGGAUGGUAACAACAGCCUGGAAGGCAGUGGCCGACGGAAGGCCGCACAGCCGAAGGUGCCAGUGGGGGGGGGGGCCAAAUUCAAGUCAAUGCAAACCCAGGAUGGACCACCUGCCGUGUCGCCAUAUAUGGCAAGCCAGUUUAAUCAUGCCUACUGAAAUUGCUUUAAUAAGUAGGAAAUAAGUGGGACUGCAGGACCAAUCGCGCAGAGAGAUUUUUGUACACUAAUGCUCAAAGUUUCAUUUCGAGGCAUGUGGCUGUUUGAGGAAGUUACCGAAAAUCAGGGACGCUGAAAAGAUUGCCGGUACAAGCGAAGAUGUGAGUUUCAGGAAUUAGUUGAUAAGAAGUAGAAGCGAUCGCUGGAACAAGAGCUUUAUUCGCCUGACGCUUCGGAAUCGCACUCGGAGCCAUCAUCAGAGACAGCAACAUAUACGGGUAUCCGUUACUGUUUCUGAUGAUGGGUUGAAACGUGAAUCCGAAACGUCGGGCAAAUAAAGCUCUUGUUUAGGCGACCGGAAGAGAUUAUUUAGACCUAGUAGAUGCCGACUUCCAGCUGUACAACAUCCGAGAGUAGCAGAGCCCAGGAUUUGAUAUCCAAUCCAGUACUGUUCUGAAGUAUGGUUUCUCAGCACUAAGCAGCAGUUAUUCGCUCAGUCGGUCGCGAUGCGGCUCAAACGGGACGUAAACAAAUGAAAAUUAUUCGUGAACGCCGUUUACCGAUGUGACUUGGUUACGAAAUGGAAAACGGAUAUAGCAUUUUGUUUUACUGUUAACGGUCAACUUGAUUGUAGCGGUUUGGUCGCCUACCAAAACCUUGACCGUGAGCCUUAAGGCGUUAAAAAUGAAUUCAUCCUGCCCUGUAACCAGACGAUGUAGUUAAACACCGAUCCCCUGUACCAAAACGCAGCUUGCUAAUGUUUUUUUGACUUCUGAUGCACGUAUGCCAAACGUUAUGACCGCGCGGCUUACAUGCGGGCAGAUUUCGUAGGCAAAACAAACAACUGAAGCUUUGCCAGUCAAACGUAUAUCAGUAUUGACGAUCUUUCUGUCUUCUGAUGUAUACCUCAUAGUUUAUACCUCAAAAUGCAGUAAUAUAGACAUGCGUGUUGGUCAUAAGUCUAAGUGCCCAGUCUAACUUCUCACAGGCAUAUCCUUUCUCAGUUCAGAAUUAUUUUCAACAUUAGCUUGCACGAAUAACUGCGUAAGACUCCAAACCAAGGCUAGUGUAGCUGACUACUUAUGGGUCGGCGAAAGGAUGCUUUACAUGUAGAGUCUUCUACAUAAAACUUGAAAACCGCUAGAAACAUCGACAGAGUUUUUUUGUAAAAACAAGUCUAUCAAGCAUAUUUUUAUUCAUAAUAUUACUCAGCACGUUCUUCCUGCGGCAAGGUGCUUUCAAAUGCGAAACCAUAUCAGUAAGGCCAUAAAAAGUACAUUGAUGCAAAGUGGUGCUUGUAAUUUGGCCUUCCCAUUGCAGUAGUCACCCUUACAGUAACACAACUCUCUCACCAUGCCCGCACCCCCGUAGAUUUUUUGGCACCCCAACGAGAUGGUCUCAGGUAUCUCAGCACAGUUCCUGGUCACAACCGUGACCACCAACUGCUCUCUACCCAGACCGGCAGUCACUCGGUAACUCUUGGUGAUCAUCUUGAAGCAGCCGUUGAAGCGCUGCUCCUCACAGAAGUCGCCAUCUGA